GUGUUCGACAAUUCACUGCGUUGGGAACACUUUGCGAUCUGAUAGAAAUUCUGCGGAAAUUGGAAAGCAAAAGGGUCAAUGACAACACGGCUGCUGCCUAACAUGCUGGGUAUCUCUAGCAUUUUCUGUUUUAAUUUCAAGACUGCAAUCCUGCUGCAUCCUAUCAUGGAUAGUGAUGAACAGUGAAACCAAUAAAUGGGGGAGAAGCAUCCUCAAAAUGCAAAAUAAGCAAGGCUGGAGUAUUUACAACCAUCUUAAACUGUAGCCAAUAGGUAGACAAUCCUUUUCAUCCUUUAACUGAGAGAAUUUGAUUCACUCCAUGUGAUGUCAAGAAAUGACCGAGGGGACGAAAUACAACAAUGGCUAUUGACUCUAUCCAUGCUGCAGAACUUAAGAAACCUGUUCCAGUACUACCUGUAUUCCAGCAAGCCACGUGAAUACAACUCCAAUGUUGGAGUAAACCCAACAAUGUGCAAACCAGCCCUGACCUUCGGAGCUUGGAAACUCAUCAGCCAAUCAUGGAUCAGCAUGGUCAGUGAGAUCUAUCCAGCCCAUCCCAUAAUAUGCACCCCUCAAUCCGUGCUGAAACCAGGAUUUUGAUGAAGAAAUUUUCCAUGGCCAGAACGAUUUGUUGUGUUAAUGACUGCACAGAAUUAUGCACAUAUGAUAAGAUAAUAGACUGCUACAGUAGCUUAUACUAAAAGCACAGAUGGAAUUACUGCCUGCGGAUCAAGACACAGAGUGUGAGGAAUCUGUUCCAAGCCGGAGGAUCAGUAAGGUUCCCACAGCUUUGAACUGUAAAAGAUCAAAGCUGAUUGUGCACUUAGAUUUAAAUAACACAGUGCAGUUGUUUGAUACUGUUACGAGGCAAGGACCCAAAAGUGCUCUCAGUUCCUUUUUAACCACUGUUACCUGGGGGCGGAUCAACCAGGAAGGGAAGUGGGAAUGGAUGAGCCAUAUACCUUCUUUGAAUCCGCCAUGUGAUGGGUCUGUCAGCUAUUAUUCACAGUUUGGGAAGUUGCUGGAUUUCACAGAGACUGCCGAUGGCUGCCUCUUUAAAAAGAUUUUCACUGAUCAUUUACAACAAAUGGAAUGGACAGAUCCCCACAAUGAUCUCCUGUCUGUUACUGGUGAAGAUGGAAAAGAGUACCAUAGGAUCCUCCCAUCUUUCUUUGAGCUGAUUGAUUGUUUGUUAUCGCAAAAUAGAGAGUUUGCAAUUGUAUUUCGAACCUUUGGCACAGACUUGUGUAGAGCUUUGAAGACAAUGCAGGUCACCCUGUUAGGUCAACAUCCUCAAUAUAAGCAUCUUCAGAUGAAACAGCUUCCGUUAACAAUGGCACCCGGCAAAAUCCGUUGCAAUAAAAAGGAUGUUGUGUUGACCUUAGGAUCUGAACAGAUUUCCACAAAAUCAGAUUCCAAAGCUCUAUAUCACUAUUUCUCUUCCUUGGAGGGAAUUGUAGGUUUUCAGGAUCAUUUUGACUGGUGGGCUAGGAACAACUACUCAAACCAAGGUGGUAAGCCAUUUUGGAUUGAUCCUUCUGAAACCGGAAUACAGCAUAUCUUCAUAGAUGACAAUAUUCGCUUGAAUGAUGCUGAUUCCAUUGUUCAUCCACAGGUGUUUGUGGAGGACGGCAGUGAAACCCGAACAAUCCCAACUGCAGAGCUGUAUGACAUUUGCUUGGUUCAGACGGACCUUCUCAAAGCCAUCCAUGACCGGCAUUAUUUCAUCAAGUGUGUGCAGCAGUGUGAAGAGAAAUACAGCAACUACACAGCUCUCUCAUAAAUGAGGGUAUCCUACCGCAUCAGCAACCUUAGCUAAUUAACUCAGGGCAUGUGUUUGAAAAGGAGACUGCAUAAUAUUAAAUACAUUAAGGACAAAAGUGAAUGUUGAAAUAAAUUGUUUAAGGUGAAAGUCAUAAUAGUAAUAAAUUACUAUGAAGGACCUGACAUUUAUGGUUAAUGUAGAAAUGUUUAAAGUUAUUAUCCUGACUUAAACUGUAUGAUAUAAAAAGGAUUAUAUUUAUUUCCAUAAAUGUUCAUUAAAUAUGUUAAUAAAAAUGUUUAUUGGGAAGUGCACUAUAUGGAAAUGUUACACUUUAUAGCGCAAUGGAAUAGAGAUGUAUAAUGUUGGAUAAUAUUUAACUACUUGAAUUGAACAAAUGGUCCUUCCAUGAGAUUUCAGAACAAAUGUAAAGUGCAGUUGUGGCUAUUUCCAUCCUGGGAAAAACAAACAUUUGGUGAGUUUUACAGUAUCUGCUGUAACAAUAUUUUGACAUGUAUCCUAGCUGAAUGUGGACUACUGUGACUAAACAACAAUAUUUAUGAUACUUUUGAAUAAUCAGUGAUUUAUGCACGAAAAUGAGUGCUGCUUUAAUCUUUGUGCUAAGUAGAUAGCAACUCCAUUUUGCUUUGUAAGUACUGAGAAUAUUGCUCAUCCUUCAUAGAAGCUUAACUACAUUGUAAUCAGCAAUUUAGUGAUGAGGGGAUAUCACUAAGUUGAUUAAUUCAAGUAACUGGAUAGUUCUGGAAAUGUACAUAAUGACUUUCUGUAUCUCUGCCAUGUCUGCUACAAUAAAAGUUCAACUCUA